CCGAUUGUGUCGUAAUCGGCGAUGCAAACAACAGUGAUCUGUCACACGAUCGGGCCGACCCGUGUAAUGACGCCACCGCGAAAUGUCGUGCGUCGUAUACGCGCGUAACCGGGGUGCGGAUCGACGUCGGGAACAACGAAAAGCUCGGGGAGGCUGUCGUUCGGAUCGGCCGCGCGUCAACGUCGGACAUUUAACCCGAAACUGAUGUGUUCCAUUCAUCUUCCGUGGGCUAUGCACACGUAGCCUCACCGCCGUUUAUAUUUAUCUCUGUGACCCUUCCUGCAUCGGCAACUCUUAUCAUGUUACGCGCUGACACGAACGAUGCUCCAAUUUUUUAGGAAGAUUGGACAAAGGGACAAGUCCGGAUUGUUAGAAAGCUCACCCACCAAAUCGACAAGUUCAGGAAGCUGGGCGUCAGAUGCGUUCAAUGGCGGCGCAUCCAUUCAAACGUCGCCGGGCGUAUUGUGCAGCCUCGAGGAAGAAGCAGAGGAAGAAAUCAUCGGUUGUGACAUCAAGGAGGAGGCAUACUCCUUCAGUUCCCGUUUGUCCAAAGCCCUCCCGGAAGUACUUACGGACAAGAGUGCCCUCGGUUAUUUCAUACAGUUUAUGGACACUAGGAAACGCGUAGCUCUCAUCAAGUUCUGGCUGGAGGUGGAAUGCCUGUGCAGCGCGUCCGGUAUGCCCGGCUGCGCGGAAAAGGCCAGAUGCUCGAAUCAAAAGGAAUUAAUAGAUGCUUUGCCUAAUUCUUUAGAUAAUAAUAACGAGGGGAAUCUCAGUUGCAACGUAUUCUCUAACGAUGUAGAUACUCAAACAAGCAGCGAAGUACCAUGCGAUGAGGAUGCGAGUAGCGAUAACACGACAUCCGUUCUAAGUGGUAUGCCAAAGACUAGUCAGGUGGUAAGUGAGACGCGACAAUCAAACCACGAUUGUGGAAACAAGAGACACGACAUGACAACGGGCAAGCAGGACGCUCUGAGGAUUUACAGGAAGUAUAUUGUUAAGGAAGCUCUGGGUGCAAAUCAAAUAUCUGAAGAAUUAAGGCUAAACAUGGAGAAAGCUGUUGCGCAGGAGAACAUUGAGCCUAUAUUACGGUGCCUAUCUGCUAUUCAAAGCAUAGUAUACGAUAUAUUAGAGAAUGAGUAUAUUAACGAUUUUUUACGAAGCGAAUUUCACUGCAAGCACCAAAUUGACGUGCUCACCAGUGGCAAUGUACAGUUAGCGGAUAUAUUAUACAAUGAAACCGCAUUCUUUUAUUUCAUGGAGUUUAUGGAACUCGAGAAUAAGCGGGAGCUGUUGGAUUUCUGGAUGUCGGUGAUCAGUUACAAGCAGAAUCUCCUGGACAAGAAAGGCGCGGCCGAUCCCGAAGAAGCGCAGUCCGACGCCGUUGUCAUUUAUGAGAAGUAUUUCAGCCUGCAAGCAACGAUGCCCCUUGGAUUUAGCGAUAAGAUACGCUUUCACGUGGAACAAAACAUUUGCCGCGAGGACGAGGGUGGACCGCAGCCUGAUUGUUUCGACAAGCCCAACAAGAUCGUGUAUAAUUUCCUCAACAAGUAUUAUCUCCCAGCCUUCUUAUCGUCGCAGCUGUAUUAUAAAUACUUAUCGGAGUUAAUCAGUACCAUCCAAAGCAGUCCAUGUCCGAGUCUACACGCCAAGAUAAGGAGGACAGGUUCGGAUUGCAGCAGCGAAGUGAGCUCAGUGUGCACUAGUAUGCCAAGUACUUCUCAGAUAACAAAUUAUGGCAACAGGUUACCUGAUAAUAAGAGGAAUAUUAACAAUCACAUGAAUAUCGACACCAGGCAACUCUACGAUCCAGAUUCCCUGUGGAAACGUAACAAAUACAGGUUGAGCAUUGGUUAUAUUGAUAACUUAGGUAGAUUUAUUACUGAGAUAGAGCCAGACCCUCAUAGGAAAUACGAAUCUCGCCUAACACGUGCUGUAAAACGACUUGUAAAUAUAGAACAGGAUAAGGCUAAAGAAGAAUUAGCGUGGAGGAUUGCUGAGAUGAUCAUUCGUGAGAUCACAUCCAUGACACUUGGAGCUACGAACCUUCCCUCUUGAUGGUGCAAAUUUGACAUCGUAACGAUCUUGAAACUUGAGUUUGCCCUAAGUAUAAGAUAUUUUCUAUGUUUUGAGUGUGUGUACAAGCGAAACGUUACUUUCUCUAUUUUACUUUGAAACGUUAGCGCAAUAAUGUUGCAGACUUUGCCAAAGUGCCAAACGGAUUGUCAAUAUAAGUGGACGACUUUAUUAAAUAUCUCUCUUGUAACAUAUAUAACAGGUAUUUUAAGACAGAGAUACAGACAAAAUUACCGGAUAAAUAUCUCUGUAUUUCCUUGUUUUAUACUUUUAUAUUUCACGAUUGUUACCAGGCAUAUAUUUUGCGCAAUCGGUGAAAUUUUUCAAUCGAUGAUUUGCCGUUGCUAAUUCAGGUUCAGAAAUUACAAGUAACGUAUUUAAGUUGCGCUAUUGUUCCAUGAGGAAACAUCAAAGUAUAUAUAAUUCCUCGUUUUUCGUAAAUUUAUAGAAUUAAUAAGCGAGUGAGAUAUUAAAUUGAUAACUAAUUUGUUAUCCUUUAAGUUCA